UCUGCAGAAUCCAGUUUUCCCACAAACAAUGCUUCUUCUUCUGUGUGCAUAAAACCAAUCAGCAAUCUCAGAUACUUUUCUUCUUCAGUCAACAUUACAGUCCCACAGUUUCUCAAACAGUCUGUGUCUAGUGGAGCUUUGUUUUGCUGAGCAUAUGUCAUACAAGAGGUGUACUUUUAACAAUAUUUAUCCCAGCUGGUAUUUAUAAGUCUAUGUGAGCUCUUUGUGCUCUCUGGUCCCAAUUAAAGGUGCACUGUUAUUAUGUAUUUUGAUACCUGCUCAGCCCGGAUGAUUAGACUCAGGUUUGCCUGAGGUGGGGUGAUACUAUAAGCCUUGUGUCUGGAAAUGUCAUUCUUGUUUUCCGUUUCACACAAUUAUCUGAACUGUAUCGCUUCUCCCUUGAGCUAUGAAAUGCUGAUGUGAGAUGGAGUUUGAAUAUUCUGCAGGGCGUGUAUGUGUGCGUGUGUGUGUGUCUGUGUGUGUGUGUGUGUGUGUGCGCACUCCCUGUGAAGCCAUUUAGUGGGUGACACAUUGAACCGUAGUCAGGAAUGCUACCCUGUGAGAAGGGGAAAAGAGAGAGAAAACAACAAUGGGAGGGGGAGGAGAGAGAAAGAGAGACAGACACAGAGAGAGGGAAGGAGAGAGAGAGAGAGAGAGAGAGAGGACGAGAGGACAAACCAGUGUGGCAGGUUUGCGUCACUGUACACAGUCCAUCAUGCAAAGCUGAUGGAAAGAGAGGAAGACGGGGAGAGAGAGGAGUUAGGAGCUGAUGUCAUGACAGAGCGCUGUCUUCAUCAUGAACCUGUGUCAACACAGUGGUCGAGGACAAAUACAGAAGUCACGCUUAGAGAAGGCACUGGGAGCUGUUCGCUGAAGUCGUGCUUGGGAACUGAAGGCUGCGAGGGACAGAACAACAAGAAAUCAAAUAGAGGAGCCCGGAGGAGUCAUCUCUUCUAGACCACAAAACAGAUAAUCAGCAGGAGCAUCACUGAAUAUCCAACUUUUUAAUGCAGGAUUUGUUCCUGUGCAAGAAACUAAUGACGGGACUGUAAUUGUGCCACUGUUUCACUCAUACACACUCAAAACAGCAGCAUUUAGACAAACUGCUUCCAGAUUGCACUCUGAAAGACAGUUGCUUGGAAUCCCUUAAAUAUCAAGUUCACUCUUUGGCUCUCUUUUUGGGAUUUGGCACUUGACAGGCGGUCAUUAACUUUGUUUACUCUCAGACAAUGGACUUGUCCUUGCUCCCUACUCCAGCAUGCGAGGGCAGCAAGCAGAGGACAGGAGCAUGCUUCACUGUCCGCUCAGCUAACGCUCCCUCAUACAGUCUCAUUCGCAGGCCAGGUGUUAGGAAACCCAGAGGUUUUUUAGAGGAGGAGAGGGAGGGUGCUCAGGAAGUUGGAGGAAGAGAGACAUAUGUGAAGCACACUGGCACAAAUGGCACAAAGGAGGAGGAGGAUCACACAGUCAGGGGUUACCAAGCCAGGAUUGGGAGUCGCAGCAGUGUCAAAGGUCAGUGUGAGGAGAGGGAAACAUUAGGCCUUAAAAUUUCUACCAAGCCGUACCAGAAUGACACAGCAGACAAAACAGUCACAGAGUUUGGUGCUGACAGAAGUGGAAACCGUAACUCUGUAUCUGAAAGCCAUGGCAGGACAGAAUUGAGGAGCAACAUCCUGCCAAGUAGAAGCAACAGUGUCGAUUGGAGAACAGGGGAAAGAAGCCCAGAGUGGGGUAAAAGGGCUGACAUGUUCACGAUGUCAACCAAAAGAGGAGGGGACGUCAGUAAAUGGCCUGGAGGCUUGGAGGAAAGAGGGACAGGAGCUGAAGGCACGAGGGGCAGGGUGAUGUCUUCAGUACAGGCCUAUAACACUGCAGGUACAAGCAAUGAUGCUCAAGGGAGGAGCUCUGUGAGUCACAUUAAUCAGACGUUGGACAGGGCCAGCAGGGGUCAUUCCCUCCCCUCCAGGUUUAGGUCCCAAUCUGGACCUGGCUCUGGUGUCAGAGGGACAGCUCCUUUGUUUGAGCCCAACGGAGGUCAGAGUAUACUGGAGCGGAUAGAGAAACUCUUUGAGUCUGCUGGAAAGGACCUCUCAACCCCUGUAACCUCCCAUCACAAAGAAACAGCAACAAACUUCCUCAAUUUGGCACAGCGGAGGUCAGCUGGGGGAACUUACCCCAGGCGUUUUUCAUCAGAAGAGAGAAGCAGCUCUAGACCAGUGCAAAGCAGGGAAUCCUUCACCUGGACACAAAAAGACACUUCAGGUUCUGAGAGUUAUCUUUCUCCUGGGACAAGCAGGACCAGGGAGAGACUGUCAAGGGUGCAGUGGCAAGGACAGAGCCAGGGCAGGUGUUCAGAGGAAGGUGGAGUUCGCUGGAGUAAAGGGUUCGAGGAAAUUGGCACGAGGUCUCUGGAUAGAGCGAGGAGCAGGCACACUGUAGCAGCUCAGAUACGAUCUGCCAGAGCUGCAGGAGAGAUUACUGCACUUCCACAGCCAAUCACCUGCUUAGGAGAGGAGAGGUCGGUUUCUUUGAGAGAUUCACUUGGAGUGAGAGAGUGUAGAGCAAGCGGAAGUAAGGAUGAAGGCGGGGUGAACCAUGGAGAGGAGAAGAGUGAAAAUGAUGGAAUAAAUAGGACACCGAGAGAAAGAACUGGGUGGCUUGUACGGCCAGAAAAACAGAAAGAGACAGGCAACGGAGCAAAAGAAAAAACAGAAUGGAAGAGUAGCAGCACUGAUGAAGACGUCUUUGAGUCAAACUCACAGACAAUCAGAAUGAAAACAGUCGAGAGGAAGAAAUUCCCGGAAAUGAUGUCCGUCACCUCUGCAGCCAGUGUGAAGAAUAAGAUCAGUCAGUUUGAGGCUCUGACACAGAGAUCCCAGGGUCUGGCUACAGGACAAGUCCUGAUGUCCAGACGGGCAUUUUCUGUGCCAGCACAACUCAGCAGGGCUCAUGAUGGAGCGAGAAAUAACGGGUCAGCAAAAGCAAUGAGUGGAUUGAGAGACAAGUCGGGGGGGUUGAAAGAGGGAGAGGAGGCAGGUGAGAAAACAGAGGAGAAAGCGGCAGGAGCAGAAAGGAAAUUCGGGUCAGGAAGGUCUUUAUCAGUGGACGAGGUUGGAUUAAGAUCAGGGAGGAAAGAGAGAGAAAGCAGUGACUUGGUUGAGAAUGGAGGAAAAGAAACACAUAAUAGUUCUGCUGAGGGUUUUGAUAAAUACUCCAGACUCAAGAGGACACUGGAAAUCCCAGUAAAUGGAGGAGCUCAAAGACUCCGAAGACAGUUUUACAUAGAUGAGACAGAUUUCUCCAAAGUCUCAAGCCCAGAGGAGGCAAGCGACAGACCACCGUCCUCCCUAUUGCUCGGCUCCACCGACGCUGCCACCGGGGUGCAGGAAAUACCACCUUCGCCUGUUAGCGGUGAAGAUAAGACACCAACAAACACUCCAAACCACUCGCCCUUUCUUUCGCCUAACGCACAACCGGAAAGCACCACUCCCACUGCAGACGGUGGACACGAAAGCACUCCUGUCCCCACAGGAGUGGCCAAAGCUCCAGAAAGAGAUUCCCCACGUCUCCCUCGUCCCCUUGCCACUUCUACCCACAGCAACCUCCCCGAUCUCAUCUCUCCAGAUGUCAAUGCAGCCUGUCCAAAUAGGCAGAAACAGGUAUUGGACAUGGACGCUUGGGUAGCCGGCUUGAAGAUUAAGGUCUGGAAUGAUAAUGAAGAUGGUUAUGAGGAUGAUGACGAAAGCACACAGAAGGAUGAGGAUUCAAACUAUGAUUCAGACUCUGGAGAGUCCUCUGUGACCAUCACUAGUAACAUGAGCCAAUCAGAUCGCAGGAGCUUCUGCGUCAGACUUUCAGACCUGUGUAACUUUGCUGGAGUUGACUAUGAGUCAGAGAACGACAGCGAUGAGUGGCAGUCUACAGGCCGGCGGACCGCCUCGCUCAGCUCCGACAUGUCAGCCCUGUCCUCUGUGUCUGUGCUGCCCAGCGAGGAGCUCGACAGGCUGCUGGAGGACGUCAGGAGCCUGGGGGACAACAACCUGCAGGACUAUGACGACGUGCAGGUGGUGGUUCUCCAUAAAGAGGUGGGAGUGGGACUGGGCUUCAGUGUGGCAGGGGGCGUGGACCAGAGCAAGCCAGUCACUGUUCAUAAGGUGUUUCCCUUAGGAGUCGCAGCCCAGGAAGGCUCCAUCAGGGAGGGGGACCAGGUCUUGUCAAUCAAUGGCACAUCACUGUGUGGUUACGUCCACUGGGAGGCCCUGAGGGUCCUGAGAAGAGCAAAGACUCGGGAUUUGGGGGUGGUGGUCCUGAGGAGGGGAGGAAUUAGCAGUGGCUGUAAAGGACAGACAAAUGGUUCCGGAUCAACACAGACUCAAUUUACUGAGACAGGUCAGCGUCUGUGUGUGCGUCUGGAGAAGAACAGCAGGGAUCUGGGCUUCAGCCUGCAGGGAGGUGUAGGCUCCUGUCUGGAGAACAGACCGCUCACGGUGCAGAAGAUCUUCCAGGGGGGUCCUGCUGACAAGGUGUGCCCUGGUGAUGAGGUCCUGGAGAUUGGAGGUGUGAGUGUGGUGGCGAUGAGACGCCUGGAGGCCUGGACUCUUAUCAGAAGACUGCCCAGCGGGCCCGUGGACGUGGUCCUAUGGCGCCCUCUUAAACAUCUGGAAACAUGAGGAGGGGCUUUGCACGCAGCGAAGCUAAGUGACUGAUGACAGGCAUGGAACUAAAGUCUAAACGUCAUUAUAACAAAGUCCAAAGGAAUAUAUUCUUGGAAACAAGGUCAAAAGUGUGUAUUUUUCUUUACUUAUCUGCGGGACUGUAUCUACCUCAAGGCCUGGGAUAUUUCUGCACCAGCCAUGUUAAAGUGCACUGAUGGCUCAUACACUUACCGAGUGAAUCAACCUUUGUAACAGUUUGUUCGUCCAGCUAAAAGCUAGUAAUCUGGCACCUGUUAAAGAAAACACAUAUUGUAAGAUAUUGUGAAUAGAAGAUACAUGCAUUUAGAGUUUAUACUGCUUUUUUAAUAAAUCCUAACUGAAA